AUGGGGACUUUUACAUUCCAAUGGCCUUACGACGCGAACGAGGUGUUCGUGACCGGCACCUUCGACGAUUGGGGUAAGACGGUGAAACUGGACCGAGCGGGCGACAGCUUUGCGAAGACCGUCUCCGUCCCCACCGGCAAGAAGAUCCAAUACAAGUUUGUGGUGGACGGUAUCUGGACCACUGACAACCGCGUGCGCGAAGAGAACGACGGAGACGACAACAUCAACAACGUCCUGCUACCUGAAGAGAUCCAGGACGACACCCCGGCCCCGACGACCAACGCUACCAUGUCUGGCGUCACCCCCGACUCCACUACCGCCGCCCUGGCUGCGGGCGUUCCUAAGGAGCAAACGAAUGGAAACCUGCCCGGCACCUUCCCCGAGACGCCGGGACAAGAGUCCGAGCAAACGCUAUCUGUGAACCCAAUCCCGGCCUCGGGUGGCUACGGCAACCCGAUCAAGCUGAACCCUGGUGAAAAGGUUCCCGACCCUAGCACGAUCAAUGACAACACCGUGGAGUCGACCGUCAAGCUCGACCAGGAAUCGUAUGAAAAGGGUUCGAGCGUGCCGCUGGGAAGCGCCGGCACCCAGAGUGAUACGGCCGGCUCCAGCUCCUUUGCUGUGCCGCCUGUGACCAAGAACCUCAUCCCCGAGUCCAGCUUGCCUACCGGUGGCCCUGCGCAGCGAGCCGCCGCCGCCGAUCAAGAGCCUCAACACGCUGGUGGCCCUUCCCAACAGGCCGCCAUGGCCGACCCCGGUUACACCAUUCAGUCAGCCGCUCCCACUUCGACGACCGCCGCUCUCGCCGCCGACGUUCCCCUGGAGAAGAACAAGAAGACCAACGGUACCGAGCCGGUGGAGGAUAUUCCUGAAAGGGUGAAGGAAUCGAUUGCCGAAGCCCACAAGGACCCUGAGGCUGCGGCCAACAAGGAGGCCGUUGAGGAGAAGAAGAAUGUGGAACAGGAGCUGCAGAAUAAGGUGGAUGUGGACGAGUCUGCCGGCACCCCGGCCCCGACUGCCACGGCGGCCACCACUGCGACUGCGCCCGGUCAGGGUCUCGUCGUUCCCGUCAUCGACUCUUCCGAUGUCUCUCCUACCUCGACUCCUCCCCCGGGUCUGGCGAACCCCGGUCCUGCUCCCACUUCUGCCCCGGCGACCGAGAACCAGACUGCCCCUACUGUGACUACCGGCCCGGAGACCACCUCGACCGACCCUGUGAGUAGCGCGAAGCCCGAGCAACCCUCCAACGGCCACAGUGCUCCUGCGACCAAGAGCAGCGAGGGCAGCGGCAACACCAAGGAUGAGAAGAAGAAGAAGCGUCUGAGUGGAUUUUUCAGUAAGCUCAAGGAAAAGCUCAAGUAG